AAUGAUUAGAUUCUCAUUGAAGAAAGGAUAACAAUUAUUAAAAAAAUAAUUCUAAGCUUUCUCAACAUAAUAGAAUCUUAUAGAAAUAUUUAUAGAUGAUGUUCCUCAUAAAGUAGAAAUAUAUGUUUGACCAUUUAUAGGUUGAUCCAUCAGCUACAAUAUUUUAAGCAUGUUAUUCAGCAGGUGUGAUUAUUCCAAGAUUCUGUUAUCAUGAAAGAUUAGCAGUUGCAGGAAAUUGUAGAAUGUGUCUAGUAGAAGUUGAAAAAUCACCAAAACCUGUAUAAUUAAAUGAAUAUUCUAAAAGGUGGCAGCUUGUGCAGCAUAAGUUGCACCUGGAAUGAGAAUACUUACAAAAAGUGAGAAGACUAGAAUAGCAAGAGGAGGUGUUAUGGAAUUCAUGUUAGCAAAUCACCCAUUAGAUUGUCCAAUCUGUGAUUAAGGAGGAGAAUGUGAUUUAUAAGAUAUUUCUGAAUAAUAUGGGUAAACUCAUUAUAUUCUAUCAUUAGAUAUGGAGAUAGCAGACAUAAUGAAUAUAAGAGAGCUGUGGAAGAUAAGAAUUUUGGUCCUCUUGUAGCUACUAGUAUGAAUAGAUGCAUUCAUUGCACUAGAUGUAUAAGAUUUUCAGAUGAAUAUGCUGGUGUAACUGAAUUAGGAACUAGUGGAAGAGGAAGAAAUACUGAAAUUGGUACAUACAUUGACAAAAUGAUCACUAGUGAAUUAUAAGGAAAUCUAGCUGAUAUUUGUCCAGUUGGUGCUUUAACCAAUGGACCAUAUGCAUUUACGUCUAGACCUUGGGAAUUAAAAUCAUAUGAUUCUGUUGAUGUUUUUGAUACCAUCAUUCCACUUAUUUAAAUUGAUACUAGAGGAGCUGAAAUUAUGAGAGUUUUACCUAGAAUUCAUGAAGAAGUCAAUGAAGAAUGGUUAAAUGAUAAAUCAAGAUAAGCCUUUGAUGGAUUAAAAAAAUAAAGAUUAACACUACCAUUGGCUAGAGAUGCUUAAGGCAAUUUUACAGAUUUAUAUUGGGCAGAUGCUAUAUAAUAAGCAGCUAAGAAAUUAUAAUCUGUUAAAGGAGAAGAAAUUGUUGGAGUUAUUGGAGAAUUUGCUGAUUGUGAAUCUAUUGUUGCUUUAAAGGAUUUAUUAAAUAGAUUUGAUAGUGAUAAUUUUGAAAUUAGAGGAACUGGUGUCCCCUAAUUAGAUGCAGAUUUUAGAGCUAAUUAUUUAUUCAAUUCUAGAAUUACAGGAAUUGAAGAAGCUGAUGUUCUUUUAUUAGUAGGUACAAAUCCAAAAAUUGAAUCACCCUUAUUAAAUUCAAGAAUCUUAAGAGCUACUAGAAAAAACAAUUUAAAGGUAUUUUUGGUUGGACCAGCAAAUGAUUUAACAUAUAACUAUGUUCAUCUUGGUAAUAAUGCUUCAAUUCUUGAUGAAAUUGCUAAUGGUACUCAUCCAUUUGCUGCAAGACUUAAAUCUGCUAAAUUGCCUAUGAUUUUAACAGGAGCUGGUGUGUUAGAAAGAGUUGAUGGAAAUGCCAUUCACAAUGCUUUAAAAAAGAUAGCAUAAAAUUCACCUGUAAUUAAUCCAUAACAAGGAUGGAAUGGUUUCAACCUUUUACAUAAAGAUGUUGGAAGAAUUAAUGCUCUUGAAUUAGGUAUCACAGCUAGAAGAAGCAGUGUACCACCUAAAGUUGUUAUUUUAUUAGGAGUUGAUAAUAAUUUAAAUGCUUAAGAUAUUCCAAAAGAUGCCUUUGUUAUCUAUAUUGGCAGUCAUGGAGAUGAAGGGGCUUAUUAUGCUGACCUCAUAUUACCAGGUGCUACCUAUACUGAAAAGAAUGGCACAUAUGUAAUUCCAAUUAUGUAUUUAACAAGAUUUCAACUGAAGGAAGGGUCUAAACCACAAAAUUGGUAGCCCUCCCUCCAUCAGGUGCAAAAUCAGAUUGGGAAAUCUUGAGAGCUUUAUCCGAAGAAUGUGGAUGUGCCUUACCUUAUGAUAGUUUAGAGGAAGUAAGUCUUUAUCUAUACAUUAAAAUAGGUUAGAUAUAGAAUUGCUGAAUUAGCUCCACAUUUGUUAAAGUAUGAUUAUAUUGAGCCCACUGUUUUGGGAUAGGUUGCAUUAAAACCUGAAUCAUCAAAAUAAACCAUUUCAGCCACUCCUUUCAGAGAUCUUAUUGAUGUACAAUAUAUAAUUUAUUUAAUAGAACUUCUAUAUGACUGAUGCUAUUUCUAGAUAAUCAGUUACUAUGGCUAAAUGCUCUACAGCAUUUAAUCCUCAUAAAUUUAGCACAUUUAAAUAAUUAUGAU